CUCAAUUUUAAAAGUACGGACAUAUCAACGCAAGAAAAAAACUCGAGCCAUAGAGAAAACAAAAAUGCCAAAGACGUCCCCACACACUCACACCCGAAAACGGCCAUGAAGCUAGGUCGGAAGUGGAUGGGAUUUCUUAUCUUCCAACACCACACUCUCAGAUUACGCAGAAUCCAAAAAAUGAAAACUCGAAGAAGAACAUUGCUUCCUUAGUCCAAUCACAACUCACACAUGAACUCCAAACUUCCCACUUCCAUGGACGCUCUCUUCGUUAACCAAUCUCUCUCUCACCUCAAACUCUCUCCAAAGCAAAACCAGUGUCCUUACUUCACCACCUCUUCUCCUUCUCCUUUCACCGCCACCCAAUCCAUUCGCCUCAGGCCCGGCCCAAAGCCCAAUCUCACGACGGUCCACGUCAUCCAAAACCAAGAGAACCCCAAAACACUCGCCGCCGCCGCCGCCGACGAGUACUACGGCGAAGUCAGCAAGAUCAUCGGCUCGAGAGCGCUCGAUGGCGACGCCGUCGGAAUGGAGUACCUGAUCGAGUGGAAGGACGGCCACGCGCCGUCGUGGGUCCCGGCUGACUACAUCGCCAAGGACGUCGUCGCAGAGUACGAGACUCCCUGGUGGACCGCCGCAAAGAAAGCCGACGAGAACGCCCUCAGAGCCCUGGUCGAGGCUGAAGACGGCCGCGACGUCAACGCAGUUGACUCCGACGGCCGGACGGCCCUCCACUUCGUGUCGGGGCUGGGCUCGGAGCCGUGCGUGAAAAUCCUCGCCGAGGCCGGUCCGGACCUUGACCGGCGCGACAAAGCCGGCGGGUUGACGGCGCUGCACAUGGCGGCGGGGUACGCCAGGGCCAGCGUGGUGAGUUUACUCCUCCGUCUUGGCGCGGAUCCCGAGGUGGAAGACGAUCGGCGGCGGACGCCGUUGGAUCUGGCGAGGGAGAUUCUGAUGGCGACGCCGAGGGGGAAUCCGAUGGAGUUCGGGAGGAGAUUGGGGCUGGAAGGGGCGGUUAGGGCGUUGGAAGGGGCGGUUUUCGAGUACGCGGGGGUGGAGGAGAUUAUGGAGAGGAGAGGGAAAGGAGAGAAUUUGGAGUACUUGGUGAAGUGGAAGGACGGAGAGAAUAAUGAGUGGGUGAAGGCGAGAUUUGUGGCGGAGGAUUUGGUGAGGGAUUACGAGGCGGGGCUGGAAUACGCGGUGGCGGAGGCGGUGGUGGGAAAGAGGGUCGGGGAUGAUGGGAAGAAUGAGUACUUGGUGAAGUGGGCGGAUAUGGAGGAUGCCACGUGGGAGCCGGAGGAGAAUGUUGAUCCUUAUCUGAUUAAAGAGUUUGAGGAGGAGGGUCAAAAUGAGAGAAAAGUUGAUGUUGGGGUAGAGUUGAGUAAUGAUGGGCAAUGAAAGGUUUUGUUUUUGUAAUUUCUUUUUGUCUUUGUAUAUUGUGGAUGAUAAAUGAUAAUGGUUAUGAGUAAUGAGAAGAU